GGGAAGGAGGAGGAGAGGGGGGGGGGAUGGAGGAGGGGGAUGGGCAAUGGGGGAGCUCUUUGUAAAUUUAUCGCAAAUCGAAAGUAAAAUUUAUAAUCUCGCCACCUUUAUUAUUCGCGCGCGAGGCGAUUAGUUAAUUAUCAUUUAUAAAUUGUCGCGAAUUAUUUUGUUUAAUGUCGUUCGUGUUGACGCGUCGCUGAAUCGCGAUUCGUUUUGGCGGAGGUUUAAACUGAAAAAAAUGUCCGCAAAUAAGUCUAAAAAGAGCACCAAAACGGCGACUAAGAACUGCCCCCAAUGUGAACAACAGAUCCCGGUCGCUUGCAAGUCGUGUACUUGCGGGAACAUAUUUAUCAGCAGAAAACUCCUCAAUUUGGCCCAAGCAGACAAACCAAGACCUACCCCUGCUGUACACGUCGAGACAAAACCAGAGUCGAAACGCCGGCGGCCCGAACGCGCGCGCAGAGAUCGCUACGGCUCGUGCUCGGGGAAAUCGUCGGACGCGCGCAAGGUGCCAUCGGGCAGCAGCAGCAGUAGCAGCAGCAACGGCAGUGGCGGCGGCAGGGGUGACAGCCGCAAACGGGGUCGGCCAAAGGGAUCACCCAACAAGGGCAAAGAUGAGAAAGCAGAGAAAUCGGAGCGCGAGUACGACAUUUACGCCGGACUGUCCGAAGAGAGGGCAUUCGUGUUCGCAGUGGCGCUUGCCGAAAUCAACCGUCGCAUACUGAACCAGAGAGUGGCUCUCUGACGCACGCUCACCCCUCAUCCCCCGCCCCCUCCUCACCUACCCACCCCUCCUUCGACGACCACCACCACUACCACCUUCCUCCUCGCAUAACCAGACAAUGGCCUCGUUUCCUCGUCACAAGCGGCGGUGUGAGCGACACAAAAACAAAAAUCCCUUCUGCGUAAAGACGGAAUCGUACGCUCUCGCGCGCUCUCUUCGGACGGCACACGUGCACUGGAUUCCAAGAGGCGCGAUGCAACUGAACGCGUCCCGAUUAGUUAUUUUUGUGCGAGCACUAUAUAUAUUACAAAAAAUCAUCCUUUCCCCCCACGCCCCACCACCCUCUUACCGUACUCAAAACUUGCUUAUUUGCGAUGUUUUUUGUGAUUUAAUUUUUUGUUGGCGCUGGAGACACGGCAUGUGUGUGUGUGUAUAUAUAAACACUCAAGCCAUCAUUGAAUCCCUUUUUUGGGGGGCAGGGGGGGCGCAAGUAAAACGACAUUUCCUCACUUGCACGGCGAACUACGGCACUACACUACUGUCUGACAUGCAUUGCAUUAAUGUUUUGAGAACAAUGUUCAUUUUUUUUUAUAUUUGCUUCGUGUACACACUUGAAUUGAGCUAUAUAAAAAUAACGGCGUUAUGUAUUGAUUGCAUUCAACUUUUGAUAUUUGGUACCAGUUUUAAAAUAAAGGAAAUAAGUAAAAAAAAAAGAUUGCACAUUUUUAAAUCCGCAUGUACUGGCAUCAUUAUGAAAGACUUUCAUUAAAGUAUUGGGUGAUAAUUG